AGCCCGGCUAAUGUUGGUUGGAGCCACCCAGGCGUCCAGUGAGAGAGAAGCUCAGAAGAAGUUUUGUAGAGGAGAGAAUGAGGUUAUUGCUGGGAUUGUGUGCGCUCUGCUGGUGAUCACACGUCUACAGAGGAAGCUUUCUUCUCUCUCCCAGGACUUGGCUGGUGAGUGCACAGCUCCAGCUCCUUCUUCUCCCCCUCCUUUGACUCCCCUGCCAGUGAUGUGCAGGCUGAGUUGGUGGUGCCUGGUGCUAAGCAGGGUCUGCCUGCUCAUUCCCUGUGCCCUGGUCCUAGCCAGGGUGCCCGGCUCUUCCUCGCACCCCCAGCCCUGCCAGAUCCUCAAGAGGAUCGGGCACACUGUACGGAUCGGGGCUGUCCAGCUGCAGCCCUGGAGGACAAGGGGCAUCACCAGUCAAUACACCAGACCGUGGCCUGAAAAUGACACCGGGCUGCAGAAGACUGCCACGGUCCGUGACCAAGAUGCAGAUGAGGCGGAGGGGACAGAGCGCUCCAGGGAUGGAGGCAAACACGAACUGCGUGGCCCUACUUUGGAAAGAAAGUCAAGCCCCGGUCCAAGGAGUAUUAUUGGCUACAGAGGAGGAGAUGAGUUGCUCUUUCCCAGGGAAGCGCUGCUAUUGGCAGUGGAUCACCUCAAUCGGGUGCCAGGUCUCUUGCCGUAUAAUCUGUCACUGGAAGUGGUGAUGGCCAUAGAAGCUGGGCUGGGGGACCUGCCCGCCUUCCCGUUGUCUUCGUCCAGUUCCUCAUGGAGUAGUGACCCCGUCUCCUUCCUGCAGAGUGUCUGCCACACCGUCGUGGUCCAAGGAGUCAGCGCGAUCAUUGCGUUCCCCCAAAACAAAGGGGAGAUGCUGGAGUUGGAGUUUAUCUCAUCCGCACUACAAAUACCUGUUGUCAGCAUCGUGAGAAGCGAGUUUACCCGAAAAUCCGAGAAUCCACUCCACCUGCAGCUUAGCGUUGAAAACUCUCUAACAUCAAAUGCUGAUGUGACUUUCUCUAUUCUGACACUGAACAACUGGUACAAUUAUAGCAUACUGCUGUGCCAAGAAGACUGGAAUAUAACAGAUUUCCUCACCUUAACGCAAAAUAAUUCAAGAUUUCACCUUGGAUUAAUCAUAAAUAUCACAGUAAAUUUAACCAUGACAAAUUACAUGUUAAGCUACCUGCAGAUGAAUUUGGAGAGUGUUAAGGACACUACAUCUACAAUUGUCAUGUUUGGAUGUGAUAUGGAAGAUACAAGACGUAUUUUUGAAACUGCUGCCCAGUAUGGAAUAGGCUUACCAGAUUUUUAUUGGGUUUUUGGAGACUCUCAAAAUGUUGAUGAAUUAAGGACUGAAGGAUUGCCCUUGGGACUGAUUGCUCAUGGAACAACCACUGCUUCUUCUUUUGAACACUAUGUGCAAGAUGCAAUGGAGCUGAUAGCUAGAGCUGUUGCGACAGCUACGAUGGAUCAGCCAGAACUGGCACUUGUUCCAAGUACAAUGAAUUGCAUGGGAAGAGAUUCUCAAAAUCUCUCAUCUGGGGAGUAUUUGUCCAGGUUUUUGGUACAUACAACAUUUAGUGGACUUAGUGGUCAUAUCAAGGUUAAGGAUUCUUCUGUUAUCAACUCAGAAAAUCAUUACUUCAUAUGGAAUUUACAGCAUGACCCCAUAGGUAAUCCAAUGUGGACCCGACUUGGAAGUUGGCAGAAUCAAAAAAUAAUCAUGGAUUAUGGGUUAUGGCCAGACCAAGCACAAAGGCAAAAAAGCCAUUACCAACAACCACCUCGGCUGCACCUUAAAGUUGUUACCUUGGUAGAGCCUCCCUUUGUGUUCACAAGAAAUGUAGAUGAUGAUGGUCAGUGUCCAGCUGGGCAACUUUGCUUAGAUCCCAAGACAAAUGAUUCUGCAAUGCUAGACAGUCUUUUUGAAAGCCUACAAGGGGGAAAUGAUACUGUGCCUAUUGCAUACAAAAAGUGUUGCUAUGGUUAUUGCAUUGACCUCUUGGAAAAACUGGCAGAAGAUAUGAACUUUGACUUUGACUUGUAUAUUGUCGGUGAUGGAAAAUAUGGAGCUUUUAAAAGUGCUCAUUGGACUGGACUUGUUGGAGACCUUCUUAGUGGUGCUGCCCAUAUGGCUGUAACCUCCUUUAGCAUUAAUACUGCCAGGAGUCAAGUCAUUGACUUUACAAGUCCAUUCUUUUCAACAAGUUUGGGUAUUUUAGUAAGGACUAAAGAUACAGCAGCUCCAAUUGGAGCCUUUAUGUGGCCACUACAUUGGACAAUGUGGCUUGGAAUAUUUGUAUCACUACAUAUUACUGCAAUAUUCUUAACACUAUAUGAAUGGAAAAGCCCGUUUGGCAUGACACCGAAUGGCAGAAACAGAAGCAAAGUAUUUUCCUUCUCUUCAGCAUUAAAUGUGUGUUAUGCUAUACUGUUUGGCAGGACAGCUGCUAUCAAAACUCCCAAGUGCUGGACUGGAAGGUUUUUGAUGAAUCUCUGGGCUAUAUUUUGCUUAUUCUGUUUGUCAACAUAUACUGCUAAUUUGGCAGCUGUCAUGGUAGGGGAAAAGAUUUACGAGGAGCUGUCUGGAAUACAUGAUCCUAAGCUCCAUCAUCCCUCCCAGGGGUUCCGCUUCGGAACGGUGAAAGAGAGCAGUGCUGAAGAUUAUGUGAAGAAGAGUUUUCCGGAGAUGCAUGAGUACAUGCGGAGAUAUAACACACCCUCUACUUCGGAAGGAGUUGCGUUCUUAAAAAAUGACCCUGAAACAUUGGAUGCUUUCAUAAUGGAUAAAGCACUGUUGGAUUAUGAGGUCUCUAUUGAUGCUGAGUGCAAAUUAUUGACUGUGGGUAAACCAUUUGCUAUUGAAGGUUAUGGGAUUGGUCUUCCUCCAAACUCUCCUCUAACUUCAAAUAUAUCAGAAUUAAUCAGCCAGUAUAAAUCAAGUGGAUAUAUGGAUACGCUUCAUGACAAGUGGUAUAAAGUGGUGCCUUGCGGAAAGAGAAGCUUUGCUGUCACGGAGACUCUGCAAAUGGGCAUCAAACACUUCUCAGGGCUGUUUGUCAUGCUCUGUAUAGGAAUUGGUGUAUCCAUUCUCACCACUAUUGGAGAACAUAUUGUAUUCAGAUUGGUUCUUCCAAGGAUUAAAAAGAAAUCCAAGUUGAAGUACUGGCUUCAUACUAGUCAGCGUCUACACAGAGCUUUAAAUACAUCAUUCAAUGAAGACAAGUUUCAACAGAAAUUACAACGGCUAGAGAAGAGAUGUAAUACAGGGAACAGUCAGCAACGCGUGUGGAAUACAGGCAACCAGAGCUGUAACAGGCGAAAAUAUAUACUCAAAGAAGCACACAACGAAUUAACUUUCCGGCAUCAGCAAGAUUUGCCUCUGCCCCAGUUAAGGAGAGAGACUCCAAAAUUGCUCACCACCACUAAUGGGAAAGCGGAAUCCCUUAACAUACCUAGAAAUUCGGUGGUACAAGAACUGUCAGAACUGGAAAAACAAAUAGAGGUUAUAAAGCAAGAACUGCAGAUAGCUAUGAGCAGAAAAAAUGAACUGGAAGAGUACCAGAUGAAAAACAGGACUGCUAAGUCUUAAAAGCAGCUUCCCAGUCUUAACAUUAAGAAACUUUAUGACCGACACAAGUCAUGUCAAAGACAGACUCUUUUUGGUCACUACACAGGAAAACUACAUGAAUCAUUUCUCUACUUCUGAUGAGAUUUGUUUGUCUUUUUUGUAAGAUAUAACAUGUAUUUCUCUAGUGCGUGAACUGUCAUCCAGUAUUAAAAUGUGACCUUGGACUCUUUUCAGCUGAGAACCACUUCUGCUCUUCUGUCCCCUCUAUGUUAUUAAAUGAAGGUUUUCACUUCUAAGCCCCUUAGUGUGCAUUAAUAAAACUAAAAUGGUUUUGAAUUAUCUCCACUGAGUCCUUUGCUAGUAUUUUUAACUUUUAUGAAGGAAAUCUGCAUUUAAUGUGUGUCUGUGAAAUUGAAAUUUCAGCAGUUUGAGGCUAGUGGAGAACGAGGGUGAAAAAUUAAUUACUCGUCUGUUCUGUAAUGGACUUCUAAAGGAAGUGCAGCAACCUUUUUGAUGAUACUAAACUGAUUACAUUUUUGAAGAGGUCAGUGAAAGACAAUAAUAAAGGUUUUAUGUUUAUUGGACUUUGGGAGUAUAUCAGAAGAGUUCCCAAGUAGAAACUUAAUGAUUGAUGUUUGCACUUUGGCAUAUGUGUU